ACUUGAAUCCAAAUUGAAAAUAUUGAAGAAAGGAACUUGGCUCUCCAUUUAAUUAUAUAUGUGGGUCAACUCUUUGGAUUGUAUAGCUACAUCACAGCAUCUUCGUUUUUGAUUCUUGCUUUGGUUGUUUGUAACUUUCGUGUUGGGAUUUGCCAGUAAAGCGUAAACUGGCUGUGUCCAAAACUGAGGAAAGUACCAAAAUUUUAUAUAUGACAGAAAGCAAAAUGCUAACCCCAUGAGUCAUUAUAACCAUUUUGUACAUUCACUAGUCACGCCUCACACUCACUAUAGAGGUUCCCACGCACCUUCCAGGAAAGAGUAACAAGAAAACGGCUUCCAAUUCUUGCAAGCAAAAUUAGUGCUUAGCAACAACUUCCCCCUCUAUUGCUCUAUUUUUUAAUACUGUACCAUACUUGUCAACUUCUUAUCAACACCUAUCAUUACUCUUUCCUUAAACACUUUCUGUGUCUUUUUCAUUCUUCAUCUUACCAUAUAAAUGCACAUAGUCACAUAGAUAACUUCCCUACAAGAGAAGAUUUUCCCCAACAUUGUUCCCACUAUAGAACACAAAUUAGGCCUUUUCUCCUGUUUCUAAUUCUUUCUUUCUUUAUUAAGAGAUUCAGAUGGCAUCGAAGAAGAGCCCGAUUGUUUUCGAGGACUACUUCCCGGCGAUGAUGGAGAAACUGGGUACUGAGGGGUUUAUGAAGGAGCUGACAAAUGGGUUUCAGUUGUUGAUGGACACGGAGAAGAAAGUGAUCACAUUUGAGAGCUUGAAGAGGAACUCUGCAUUGCUCGGGUUAGAAGGGAUGAGCGACGAGGAGAUCAUGUGCAUGCUGAGAGAAGGGGACAUAGAUGGAGAUGGCGCUCUGGAUGAGAUGGAGUUCUGCACACUCAUGUUCAGGUUGAGUCCUGCUUUGAUGAACAAUUCUAAGGAACUUUUGGAGGAAGCAAUUUUUAGUGACCUUUAGGCUGUUAAACUCAUCUCUUUAACCCUUUGAAUGCCCUCAUUUUCUCUCUUACCAUCUCAUCUCCAUGACUUGUAGUUCUAUAUGGUGCUUCCUUUUUUUUCUGGAUUUAGUUUGUUGAAAUGUUAUUCAACAAUGCCACUUAUUAUUGCCCUUAUUAUUUUUAUC